AUGUUAAGCCCACAGGUAGCCGUGGAGAGUCAGAGACCUCCCACUCCCGCUGGUCAGGCACACGAGGUCUUUGAGGGCCAGACCCAUCGGCUGCAGGGGGUUUUAACCUCGGGGCCGGGGUUGGGGGUAGCCCACCGCCCUACCCACGAGUGGAGGUUCCGAGUGGAGGAUGACGCCCAGGCUGGACCGCCGCUCCACCUGCAGGCUCUUUUUUCUUCUUCUUCUGCUUCAGCCGUCCACCGCGCUCAUCACAGUGCAACGCGGCGAGAGGAGAAGAAGAAGCGCGCCAAGCUCACGCUGAAGCUUGCCGUAAAGUUUAACAGCGGCGGAGUCGGCGGCUCGCUCGUCUGCCCCGAAACGCAGACCAGUCGGCGGCGCCGGCUCGGCUUCGCGUCUGACGUGAUGUCAUCCAACAUGGCCGCUUUCAGGAAGCGGCUUUACGGCUUCGGGUGGAAGUUUUGGCUUUUCCCUGCAAAGUUGGUUUUUCCUGCGCUUGCUUCAGGCACAGAGGCCAGCUGUGAGAAUGAAGGCGAGGUGCUGCACAUCCCCAACAUCACCGACAACCCCUGCAUCACCUGCGUCUGCCUGGAGGGCAAGGCCGACUGCAAACAGGAAAAAUGUCCGCCCGUGUCGGAAGAUUGCGCCCUGGUGGUCAAACAGAGCGGGGCGUGCUGCGAGAGGUGUAAAGGUUGCACGUUGGACGGACGAUCCUACAACAGCUCUGUGUCGUGGACCAGCACCAUCAAACCUUGCGUGACACGACAAUGUCAGGAAGGCGUGAUCACCGAAGCCGAAGUGCGGUGCGUGGUCCACUGCAAGAACCCCAAGAUCCAUCCCAAAAAGUGCUGUCCAACAUGUCCGAGCUGCAUCUUCGAGGGUCGGCUGUACAAAGAAAAGGAGGAGUUCAGUCCAGAAGGAAAGCCUUGCAUUAAGUGUACAUGCACGGCUGGACGUACUCUUUGCAUGAAGGAGGUGUGUCCUGUCCUAUCUUGCCCCGCCCACCUUAGCCACACCCCCUCAGGGCAGUGCUGUCCUAAAUGUCUCGGUCAAAGGAAAGUGUUCGACUUGUCCGAGGGGAGUUGCCUGUUCCACAGCGAAGUCUUUGAGAACGCCACCUCCUUCGUACAUGACAACUGCACUACCUGCACGUGCAAGGACUCCACCGUGGUGUGCAAAAGGCGUUGCUCGCGGCCGGGCAGUUGCCACGGAGAAGGCUGCUGCGACGAAUGCUUGUCCUACGUAAAGGUGGACGACGUCAAGUACUGCCGAGUUCGCAAUAAGAUCUACAGGGAUGGAGACAUGUGGUCUUCGGUCAACUGCACGCUUUGCGCAUGCGUGAAAGGGAACGUGGAGUGUCAGCCAAAACAGUGCGUGCCAAUCACCAGCUGCCCCUCGAAUAAGAUCCUAAACCGGACCGGCUGCUGUCCAGUUUGCACUGAAAAGCCCGGCGUAUGCACCGUGUUUGGCGACCCGCACUACAACACCUUUGACGGAAGAACCUUUAACUUCCAAGGAACGUGUCAGUACGUGUUGACACGGGACUGCGGAGGCGCCGCGGGCAAUAACGCCGUCGUUAACAAUGGCGACUCCAGCUUCACGGUGCUGGUGAAGAACGACGCCCGGCGCACCCGCUCGUUCUCCUGGACGCAGUCGGUGGAGGUGCGCCUAGCCGGGCUGGUCCUCGGCCUCCACCAGCACCUGACCGUGCGCAGGAACGGCACCCGAAUCGCGCUCCCCUACCACGGGCCCGGCGUGCACAUCGAUCUGGACGGAUACCUCCUCAAGCUCACGACCAUCGCAGGUCUGGAGAUCACUUGGGACGGCGACAGCUUCGUGGAGGUGGUGGCCGCCCCGCACUUGCGCGGGCGUCUGUGCGGCCUGUGCGGCAACUACAACGGCCACAAGCGCGACGACACCACCGGCGGCGACGGGCACUUCAAGUUCGACGUGGACGACUUCGCCGAGUCGUGGCGCGUCGCCAACGACGAACCCUGCGGCCAGCAAAGCCGCCGCCCCGCCGCAUUCUCCUGUCCCGCUAGCGUCAAGGUCAAAUUCCGCGCCCACCGCGAGUGCCAGAAGAUCAAGUCGUGGGAGUUCCACAAGUGUCACCGCGUGGUCGACGUCGCCGCUUUCUACAGGUCGUGCGUGACGGACAUGUGCGAGUGUCCCGUUCACAAGAACUGCUACUGCGAGUCCUUUAUCGCGUACAGCCGAGCGUGCGAGCGAGAGGGCGUCCCCGUACUCUGGAGAACCGACGCCGCCUGCAUGGCUACGCAGUGCAAACACGGCGCGAUAUACGACACGUGCGGUCCGGGCUGCACCAAAACCUGCGACAACUGGAACGAGAUCGGGCCGUGCCGCAAGCCCUGCGUGGCCGGCUGCCACUGUCCCGCCAACUUGGUGCUUUUCCAGGGACGCUGCAUCCGCCCCCUGGCGUGCCCCGGGCGGUGA